ACUGUCACAGUUUGUGCAUGGUAAAAGCUUUGAAUCCGGCGUCGCUCUUGAGAAAGGCAGAUGGUUGCCAGGGGUAACCGAGGAGCAGCCUGAAGAAGCAGAGAACAGGGAGGUGGAGAUGUUCCGUCAGGUGUUGGGAAAGACUUUGGGCUUUGUCGGUUACACAAUCCAGUAUGGAUGCAUUGCACACUGUGCCUUUGAAUACAUUGGAGAGUUUGUUGUGUGUUCUGGUCCGUCCAUGGAGCCCACGAUUGUAAACCAUGACAUUGUCUUCAAUGAGCGCAUGAGUCGUCAUCUUUGUAAAAUAGAAAAGGGUGACAUCGUAAUUGCAAAAAGUCCAUUUGACCCUCAUAUGAAUAUAUGUAAAAGGGUAGUUGGAUUGGAAGGUGACAAGGUCUGCACGGGUGCUCCAUCAGAUCUGUUCAAGACCCACACGUAUGUUCCAAAAGGCCACGUAUGGCUAGAGGGGGAUAACCUUACGAAUUCCAGUGACUCAAGAAACUAUGGCCCUAUUCCGUACGCACUCAUUAGAGGGCGUGUUUGCUUGAAGCUCUGGCCACCGCACAGCUUUGGCACCCUGAGUGAAAGCCCAACCAAACGAAUCAUAAAGAAUCAGAAUAACUCUGAUUGACUCAUCCACUUUGUUGUUGUGUGCACAGCACAGUCUUUGGUUGCACACUAUUUUAAAUAAAAUAUUUAUUACACUUUC